GCACCUUGCCGCCCGCCCAACUCCAGUCAGCAGCUGUGGCUCGUGUUGGCUGAACCAUCAGAUAGGGCCAUCUUCUUUUUUCUUACCGUAGGACACAGAGACCAACACAAACAAAAUGGCGGAUGAUGAAGCGAAGAAGGCCAAACAGGCCGAAAUCGACCGCAAGCGCGCUGAGGUGCGCAAGCGCAUGGAGGAAGCCUCCAAGGCCAAGAAGGCGAAGAAAGGUUUCAUGACACCUGAGAGAAAGAAGAAACUCAGGUUGCUGCUGCGUAAAAAAGCCGCCGAGGAGUUGAAGAAGGAACAGGAGCGCAAAGCGGCCGAGAGAAGGCGCAUCAUUGAGGAGAGGUGCGGUAAAGCAAAGAAUAUUGACGAUGCCAAUGAAGCGGCUCUCACGAGCAUCAUAACCGGUUACCAUCAGCGAAUCAUCAAGCUCGAAGAGGAGAAGUACGAUCACGAGAUGGAGGUGGCCCGAAAGGGACUCGAGAUCGCUGACCUGAACUCUCAAGUCAAUGACCUCAGAGGCAAGUUCGUCAAACCCACACUAAAGAAGGUGUCCAAAUACGAGAACAAAUUCGCCAAACUUCAAAAGAAGGCCGCCGAAUUCAACUUCCGUAACCAAUUGAAGGUUGUCAAAAAGAAGGAAUUCACCCUCGAAGAAGAAGAUAAAGAGAAAAAACCAGACUGGUCCAAGGGCAAACCGGGAGAUCAAAAGGUAAAAGAGGAAGAAGUUGAGGCAUGAAGUGUUUCCCUACCAUAAAUUAUAUUAAGGCCUGCCAUAAACAUCCAAUCUAUGUGAUAAACCCACCCUGUAUGUGGUUAGUUUCAUCGAUAGGCUCCUACAAUAUCCACCCGUGUAAGCCAUUGGCAAAUUCCUUCCGUAUUUCUAUGUAUAUUUUCCAAUAAGAAGAACCGUGACUACCAUUUCAAAUAUGUGAAACAGUUUUUAUAAUUAUUUAUUUAUUAUAUAAUUUUUUUUGUAAGAUAAUAAAAUUAAUUUUCUGUAUUA